GAUGAUUGGAGCUGCCACUUCCCCAGUUCCUUAACCACACCAGUAUCCUUACUACCACCACUACGCUUGACACGACGGCGAAAUCUCUAGAAAAUUAAGAAUUUCGGAUUGAAUAAGAUUUCUGCCGUCGCAAUCAUGCCUCGUGUACCGUCUGGGGACGCCUCAUUUAUCCAUACGCUUGAUGGUAAUUUCGUCGAUAACGCUGGUCGUACCCUUCUGCUACGCGGAGUAAACCUAUCCGGCUCUUCCAAGGCACCCGUGAAUCAACCUUCCCAGGCCCUAGAUGGAUUUUGGGAAGAAGCCAAGAUUGGCAGUGAGAGCUUCAUAGGUCGACCGCUACAGCUAGAUGACGCAGACGAGCACCUCGCCCGCCUGCGGGGCUGGGGCUUCAAUAUGUUGCGCUUUCCUGUAACCUGGGAAGCCCUAGAACACGAAGGACCAGGGAAAUAUGACUAUGAUUUUAUGGAUUAUACAAUAAAAAUACUACGGAAAUGCAAAGCACACGGGUUCAAAGUUUAUUUGAAUCCUCAUCAAGACACCUGGUCCCGUUUUUCAGGCGGGUCGGGUGCGCCUUAUUGGACACUCGUUGCAUGCGGUUUUAAUCCGAAUGCAUUCAGUGCCACCCAAGCAGCCAUAAUCCAUUGCGAAUAUCCCACUCCCGCAUCCCGCAACCCCGCAGAAAUGCCUGCUAUGAUAUGGUCAACAAAUUACGGAAAACUUGUCUCGCAAACCAUGUUCGCGCUCUUUUUCGGCGGCUCAACAUUCGCGCCAAAAUGCAUCAUUGAUGGAGUCAACAUCCAGGAAUACCUCCAGACGCAUUUCGCAAAUGCUUUUGCAAAGUUAGCGGAGCGAGUGGCGGCAGCAGGGGACCUUCUUGAUGAAGUUGUCAUCGGUUGGGACAGCAUGAAUGAGCCAGCAGAAGGGCUCAUUUCAUGGGAUGACCUUAACGCAUAUCCGCAGCAACAGGGUUCUACACUGAAGAAGGGCGCCGUUUCCUCUCCAGUGCAGAGUUUCCGUCUUGGUAUGGGUCAGGUCCAGACGCUUGAUAACUAUGCUUUUAGCUCAACGGGUCCAAAGCGUGAUGGCAGUGUCACCAUCGACCCGAAUGGUGUCAAGGCAUGGGCCGACCCCUCAACGGAGCCAGGAAACAUUCACCCGCGCUGGGGCUGGAGACGUGACGCUGGAUGGACGCUCGGCAAAUGCAUAUGGGCUUUGCACAAUGUAUGGGAUGUGCAGAGUGGAUACGUUCUGCAGCCCGAUUAUUUCGCACAUAUUCCAGGAACGGAAGAACCUGUUCAUUUUCUACACGCCUUUUUCCUUCCCCAAUACACUCUUUACCUGAAAGCAAUUAGAGCGCACCACCCACAAGCCAUCGCGUUCGUGCAGCCGCCCGUGUUUGCACAGCCUCCUUCGAUACCCGAGGAGCUGUUGCAGGGUAGGGCAUGCUAUUCGACGCAUUAUUACGAUGGCCUGACGCUUGUGACACGCCACUGGAACUGGUUUAACGCGGAUGCCCUUGGUCUCAUACGGGGAAAGUAUUCAACACAGAUACAAGCUUUGCGCAUAGGUGAACGCGCCAUACGAAGUAGCCUUCAAACCCAGCUCGGCUAUCUCAAGGCAGACGCAACGCAACUCGGUGCGCUUCCAUCCACCGGUCCAGCGCGAUACCCAACUAUCAUUGGAGAGAUUGGGACCCCUUUCGAUAUGGAUGCCAAGCGCUCGUAUGGAUACACAGAUGGUGGCAAGUACAAAGGUGACUACUCGCGACAAGAGCGUGCACUUGAUGCAAGUUUAAACGCGGCGGAUGGAGAGAACUGUUUGAACUGGACAGUAUGGACAUACUGCCCCGAUAAUUCGCACCCGUGGGGGGAUGGGUGGAAUAUGGAGGAUCUCAGUUUAUGGUGUAGCGACGACCUACGCACAGGAGAAGCGGAAAGGGUUCCAACCCUGCGGAUACCCUCCAAAAUGUCGAUGGGUUCAUUAGCGCCAGCACGAGCGUCGACAUUGACGAUAUCAACUCUUCCGGCUUAUUCUUCCCCUUAUGCGAGCUCUAGCGUGGAAGAAGUCGAACCUUACGAACCUGCCUCACUCCUGUCGUUCCUUACAAACGGCGCUCGUGCCGUACGCGCUUUCUGUCGCCCAUGGCCAAUAGCGGUCGUUGGCACUCCUACGAACAUCCAGUUCGAUAUAUCCAAAGCGACCUUCCGUCUUACUCUCAAGGUUAACGCAGAAGAUAUACCUAUUGAUGAUGAUGAUGAUGACCUAGUAUCCAGAAAGAAAGGAUUGUGCAAGGAUAGUUCCUUGCCCACUGAAAUAUUCUUGCCUCUCGUCCAUUUUGCCUCAGAUGCUUGCUUGGGUAAAGCACUUGGUUCUAACGUUCAGGACGGAGAUGAUGAUUCCAUGGAUGUCGGGCAAGAAGGGAGCAGCCGCAGUACAUCAGGAACGACAACACCUCGCGUACCUACAUCAUCCACUCUCACCCUUCCUCUGACUUCUCAAGCGGCGCUCUCGCCAGUCAUAUUCAAGGACGGCUGGUACGACAUUACUGUCAUUGCAUCCGAGGGCCGAGUGGAGCUUCUUGCGUCGGAGCAGAAGCUUCUUUGGUUUUAUAGUGUGUCAAUGGAUGAGAAGGAGGACAGGGAACUAACGAUAGAGGUGCGCCGUUCACCGGGCGCCAUCAAAGCCACCGCACUCGGACUUGGGUAUACCAGUGAGAGUAGAGCAAGAGAUGGGUGCGCAGGAUGGUUGGAGCAGGCAGGGUUACUGAGCGAAGGAUGGUGCGAAGGAUGUUCGAUUAUGUGAUUAGGGAUCUCGUGGACACUGACUAUCAUAUUCACCUGUACAUAGAUAUAGUACAUGAUAUAAAUAUGUUGAAAGUCGGAGUAGUACAUUUUUUAUCAAAAAGUUCUGUGGUC